CAUAAUUAUCGGGUUCCCACCCCUCAGGAGAAUUCUGCCCUAUUAUUCACAUGUUCUCGAUCACUCUGGCAGUAUAACUUAACGGCAUACAAUUUGCCAAUGCACACAAUAUCAUACCGUAUCAUUGUCCGAUGCCUUUCCCCGCUUUCCCCGGUACUCCACCGCGGGUCCUCCAUCUCCAUGCCGACAUCUAUUUUAUCGACACUCCGAUCUGUACAUAAGAUCUUUGGACGAAGCCCUUUAAGCAACAUGGGUGUAUCGAUAUUGGUACCAAGAUGGCAUAUCUGCCUUCAGAUAUCAGAGGCCCCAAACUAUUUCCGUUCACAGAAGAUUUUGCCAAUGCUCAAUUUAUCAGACUUCUAAGCUCAGAGGACAAUGAUAGUUCUGGUGAAACAUCUCAUGCCCGGGUAUUCCAAGUGAUCAUAGGGAAAAAGAGAUACGCUGUCAAGAUUUUUAAUUUUGUCCCACUGGAGGACAUCCGCCCUUUUGUGCCUACGAAGGAGCAUUUGAUAACAGAUACUGUAGUACGACAACAGCUAGAUCCUUUCUUCGCUGAGUGUCGUGCAUUUGGACUUUUGACUGAAAAGGGGAAGGAUGACGAACUCGCGGUUCACUGUCAUGGCUAUGUGUUGCUCUCGGAGGAGAUAGAGCACCUAAUUGAGGAGAAAUUCGGCAUCCGUGACUGGAAUCGUUCUGCAGAGGACGAAGGUAAACCCUUGAGGGCCAUUGUGAAGAAUUAUAUCCGAUUCCUGUCUUUCGAUAGGCCAAAAAAGCUUGCUAAAAUGAGGGUGAACUUAAAACAACUGAACAAGAUGGGAAUCUACAAUAUGGAUAUCCGAAAGGAGAACUAUCUCGGCGGUCAUUUGUUCGACUUUAGCCUUGCCAUUACUUUGCCGCAUUUGAGUUUUUCGAGAAAAUUUCGGAGCGAGAGACAAAUUAAGGACGAUAUGAAAUUUGACCUGGCAUGCUUCGACUCUUUGGUGAAACAUGUGAAUAAAGAGAGGACCAAGGUCGAUCGCAUGAACAGGAAGCGCUGGAAGAGUCUGAGGUCACGUUCGACUUCAAGGACGCGCGAAUCAAAUGGGGGAGUGGUGCAUUAAUUAUUAACAUGUUCAUGGGCGUACAAUUCGUAUGAAGAAUAGUGAAAGGUACCUUAAGGGGUGGGAGGUUAGCCACUUUCCAGUACCAUGACGAACAACCCUCCGCCGCCACCUUGCCGUGCAUAGUGCCUUGUACAUAUACAG